UACCGUCUGGUGCGAAACGUCAUCACACGCACCGGUGCACUUUGAAUCAGCUAUCGACAUUUCCGCAUUUAGGAUCCACACAAAAGGUGGUCCUGUGGGUUUACUAUUAUUGACAAACUCGGUUUACAGUCCCACCAGUACACAUUUGUGAUGUUUGACGCUGAAUUGAUAGUUUUGGACUACUGUAUGUGUUGAAGUUUAUUCAUUAUAUAACCAUGAUGAUUAAUUAACAUGAUUUCAUGGAUUUGAUCUUUGAUUUGAAGUUUGAUAGUGUAUUUGUCGACACCCAAUGUGGCUCUGUAUGGCGCCACGAAUAAGGGAGCAAGGAAGAUUCUUGGAGCUGGCUUGUUCCUAGACGCCAACCUAAUGUUAACAUAAUCUGGAGACUUUAAGAAAGGAAAACUGAUAUAUUGUUCCGUUGUAAGGUCAAUAUUGGUUUUGGCAAGUGCAUCGAGUAAGGCAUAUCCAGGAAAUUGUUUUCGAUUUAAAAAUAUUGUUUUUGGAGUUACAUGGAUAAGCUGAAAGAAGGACCAAUCUGAUUCUGUGACCGAUCGAUUCAUUAUGUGCAUUUGGUGCUCUGAACACAAGUGCAUCUUAACUAUCUGCGCGCUCAACUGAUCCUGAAUGGAUGAUAAUGACAAUUAUUUUAAAAGUUUCUUUUAAUCUUGAUUUCCCUAUUCCACCAUUCGUAACAUAAGAUAUAUAACCUGAAAAGUUCAUACGAAAUUCAGGACGCAACACUUUUCCGUCGGAAACUAAUUACUUCACAAUUACUUCACCAUGCCUCGCGGGAUGAAUCUAGAAUCUGCAGACGACCUCGCCUCCCUGGAGUCACUUAAUGAGGACAAUAUGCUAGAGGCUCUUUGUCGGCGGUAUGAAAAGGAUAAGAUUUAUACGUAUAUUGGUGACAUCUUGAUAGCUGUGAAUCCUUACAAGCCCCUAGGGAUCUACUCUUAUGAGACGUCACUUUCUUACUCCGACCUCAAAUACAGACAGUCCCUGGCGCCACAUGUUUUCGCUGUAGCCGACAAAGCAUAUAGCUCCAUGAGAAGAACAGGCAUCAGGCAAUGCAGCGUCAUCAGCGGUGAGAGUGGCGCGGGAAAAACAGAGACCGCCAAGUACGUCAUCGGGCACAUCAUCAGCCACUGUAACAGCAAGAAGAACAAUUUACAGGAAAAGAUCCUGCAGGUAAACCCGUUGCUUGAGGCGUUUGGGAACGCUCGAACGGUAAUGAAUGACAACUCAAGUCGAUUUGGUAAAUUCCUUGAACUUCAAUUCACCGAAGACUGCCAAGUAGUAGGAGCCAAAAUCGACACAUACCUGCUUGAGAAGUCUCGUGUGGUAUCGCAAGGAGAGGGUGAAAGAAACUUCCAUGUCUUCUAUUAUCUGUUUGCUGGAUUAACGGAACAGCAGCUCUUGAGUAUAUUGCUUUCACCCCCUGAAAACCACAGGACUUUAAUGGGGCAUGGAGUGCAGCGCAUCUACACGAGCGAAGCCGAAUUCAUGCACAGUCAGAGGGCAUUUGACGAGCUCCAGGAUAUCAUGGAGCUCGUGGGCUUCACCCAAGAGGACAUCUGGAUGAUCUACCGUCUCCUCUCGGCCGUCAUCCAAAUCGCCGACAUCGAGUUCGAUGUCGAUGAGGAGACGGGCGGCUCCUACAUCGUCGACGAAUACAUCCUCAAAGUUGUCGCCACGUUACUUGGUGUUGACCCGUCAGCCUUGGCUACAGCGCUCAUAUCAAACAUCGUAGAAGCUAGGGGAGAACAGAUCGUGACUUUGAAGAAUGUCGGACAGGCGAACGAUGGUCGGGAUGCCCUCGCGAAAGCUCUCUACAGCAAGCUCUUUAACUGGAUCGUCAACCAAAUCAACUCCCUUAUCGCCCCUGAUGCCGAUUGCCCUGGGAGCAAGGGCUACGAGAUCGGCAUCCUUGACAUAUAUGGCUUUGAGAGCUUCGAGAAGAACAGUUUCGAGCAGCUAUGUAUCAACCUCACCAACGAGCAGCUCCAGUACUACUUCAACCAGCGGAUCUUUGCCUGGGAACUGGCCGAGUACUCUGGGGAGGGUAUCCCCAAGCAGUCCAUUACCUACCAAGACAAUAUGCCUGUUCUGGACCUCUUUAUGGCGAAGCCGCUCGGUCUACUUUCCCUACUGGACGAGGAAUCUAGGUUCCCUAAAGGAAGUGACAUCACUCUGGUUGGCAAGUUCUCGUCCAAUCACAGCAAGAAUAAGAACUUCCUCAUGCAGAAAAAGAACAAGGGAAACACGACCAUCUUCGGCGUGAAGCACUAUGCGAAAGAGAUCUGGUACGACUCAACAGGAUUUCUGGAGAAGAACCGCGAUACAUUCAGUUCUGUCCUGUCCGAAUGCUUGUCAAAGUCCGAGAAUGGUCUCGUCAAAUUCCUCUUUGUCCAACAACAACAGAAUGGUGCCGGCACACCAUUCAGGAAUCAGAAAGAUAUAUUAAUGUGUAAACCGCCCCCUACGAUCUCGGUCAACCCAGCUGUGAGCCUGUCCAGGGAAGCAGCGAGGAAAUUACAAAAACAAAUGAAACAGGAGAAAGCAGCCAGGGCAAAAGCAGCAAAGUCGAGGAACCAAACACCUACCGUGGGAUCACAGUUUAAGGAUUCGUUGACGAAUUUGAUGGAAAAGCUUCUCUCUGCCGACGCACAAUUCAUCCGCUGUAUUAAACCGAACUCGUUCAGCCGACACGACCAUUUCGACCACGAGUUGGUUCUCCGACAGCUUCGGUACACAGGCGUGCUCGAGACUAUCCGGAUCCGAAAGAGCGGAUACCCGACACGGCUUCUGUUCCCGGAUUUUCAGCAUCGGUACAAGUUCAUUGGUUUCCCGAUGACAGCAGACAUCGAUCCGCAUCCCAAGAAGUGCAAACAAAUCUUGGAGGCUGUGGGUUGCACCAACUACCACAUAGGAAAAACAAAAGUUUUUCUGAAGUACUGGCAUACAGAAAAGUUGGACACCCGGAUGGAUCAGCUUUUCGCUCAGGUGGUCACGUGUCAGCGCGUUGCUAGGGGGCGUGCCGCUCGCCGUCGUUACGCCAUCCUCCGAGAUAGAGUACUGCGAGACCUCGCCGACACGGCAUCAUUCUUCGGCGAGAUCGAGAGAAGAGCAGAACGAAGUCACGCAGCCAUGGUCAAGUUAGAUAGACAAGACAAGGAGAGGUUCGAUAAGAAGAAGAGACAGAUGAUUCUGGGAGAGUUGCGGGUUCGAACCGAUAUCCGACAGAAGCAGAUCCAGCAGGAAAAUCGCCCGCCCUCAUCGGCGGCACAGCGACCAACCAGUCCCAAUGGGAACUACCCCCAGAAUGGCAACGGAGGGUUACACCCCAACCACGCCCACCAAAGGAGGGCUGGACCACCUGUAUCGCAGAAACCACUUGGGUAUGGUGCUAUCGGAGCUAUGAACGGGGCUCGAACCGAUAGGUCACAGAUACCGACCAGCAAGCCGCAGGUGGAUGAUACGGAACGCGGAAGACAUGCUGGCGAGAAGCAUGUUCAUUGGCAGUGGUCUCGGCCGAAAGAGGAACCAGUUGAACCAAAGGCUAUCCAAGGAAAAUUCAUUCUUGGAGAGGAGAUCAUCAAUGAGUUGACGUACCAUAUGCACGAGAUCGGACCGGAGGCGUGGUGCAAAGUCUUCUUCAUGGAGAAGCGAUGUCGGUUAUCUGAAUACCAAAUCAAGUCGCCAGCCAUGAUCAUCGACGGUUACGCUUACCAACAUCCGGGAAGACUUGGUUUCGGGGCGUUGGCGAACCCACUACGGGAUCCUGAAACCAAGAAGGUACGUGAACACAUCGGCAAAGGCGUUCAGUUAGAGAUCGAUAGUGAGGGAAACGUCUGGGCCACGAGACUAGGCAAGAAUGAGGUAUUCGUCAAGGGGUGCUUUGAACCCGAAAACCACUGCAUCUCGGCGGAAGUAGUUAAAAACAUGGGACGCCUACCACAAAACCAAGCUAUGAAAGUAUUUGACAUCGUUGAAUACAAGGCUCAACUCGCCAUCGAAGCAAAGAAAGGCGACGGUCAAAUCGAUCACCAUCGGUUGAAGAAACUCAGCAUCGUCUCGCUGAGUUUCGUCAAAGAUAAAGUUGAAGAUUUUAACACACCUUGUUGGAUUUCAUUGGUCGUCCUCCCCGCCAUCAGAAUGGACAAUCCCAAAGUUCUAAGAGAUGUUGGCCGAUUCUUGAAAGCGUUCCGUACAGCAGCACAGAUUGAAGCAACGCUGAUGGGUAGAGAGUCAAGUCGAAAGUGGGCCAGAGUCAACAAAAGACGCUCAAACUAUGACAAGGAGGAUAAAAAAGAUGGCAGAAGAGCAAGGGUAGAGGCGAUGCAGCAGGCCAAAGCUGAGAACAAACCAUACCACUAUAGCUGGGAAGCAACUGAUGAUGAAGAUAUCGGCAUAUCUAACCUGAAUAUGUCAGGUGUGGACCAUGGCGGCCGAAGCUCGGGGUACAGUGAAACAGGGUCCAUCUAUUAUAACAGUGAAGCAGGGGAUUCCCCAGGCUAUGGAGUGUAUGGGGGAAGAGCAAGUAGGAGGAGGGUUUUCAGGGCAGUAUCUAUCAGGAAUGCUGAUGCUUUCAAGCAACGCAACCUGCGAUCAUCCUAUGAGCGCGAUUUCGAAGCCAUGGACGACGAUGGCCCGGUCACGUCCAACUCCAGCGGUUACGACUUGGAAAACAAGAGGCAAUGGGCACGUGUCAAACUCAUCAAGAAGGAACGAAGAAUGAGUGAAGAAAAUUAAAUCUCAUCCAGUUAGUAUUCAAAAUAGAUAGAGAAAUUUCAAUGAUGUAGCUAGCGAUUUAAAUGUUUAUUAUAUGAAGAUGUAUGAAAAACAAACUGCUUGUGGUUUGAGAAGAAGUCGGAUGGUAAAUUUGGAAAAGAGUAUGAUUACUGUUACAUGUAGUUUUGAUGAUUUGGACAGUGUUUGAGUGAAUACCAUCCCAUUACCAUUACUUUGGUAUUGAAAGAUGUCUUGUAUUCGUACUUAAACUGUGAUGUAGGAUCGACAAGUCUAACUUGCUUGAUACUGGUCUGGAUCAUCUGUUCGUAUUUUUCUGUGACUAACUUUGAGUAAUUUAUCUUAUAGAUAUAGAUGGGAGUUAGGAAACAAGUGUUGGUCCGAUUGAAAUUAGGUUUUUUGGUGAAGAAUCGCUGUUAACCAUGGCAUAUUUUUAGUCAUUUUAAGCAAAUAAUCAUAAGAGGCCAAAUUUACAGUUGAUCAACAAACAAUUAUCAUUAUUUUCUUUUUACAGCAGGCCUUACCAAUAUCUUAUGAAGUUCAUACUGAAUGGGUUAUCUAAAUGAAGUUUGUCCAAAUAAAUUUUUUAACAUUCUAUAAAUUAUUAAGUGCAUAUAAUGUCUUUGACAAAUUUACCUCACUUUUCCGAUUAAGAGGGCUGAAUUUAGACCGGUUGCAACGUGUCACACUGAACAAUUGUUAAUUACAGUAUAUUAUCAUGAUACACAUUUUAUCAGCAUAUUUGUAGAAUAUGUUGAUAAGAAGAAUAUAUGUGUGAAUGAAAUUUCAUGGAAAGCAAUUUUACUUUCAAUCAGCUAACCAUGGAAUACAAGUAUAUAAUAUCUGAGAGCAGGGAACAGAACAUAAUCACAACUUGUAAUUCCCACAUACAAACAUACAAAUUGUGUACAACUUCUCGAUUUCACCAAGAUUAAAAAAUGUAAUACACAAAUGAGGCGAAUUUCAUGAUUAUUUCACAUCAAUUGGUUUAAUUUGAGAACACUUAUGCAGUGGCUGCAUACAUAAAAUCACAAGAUACUAUUUGUUUAAAAUGUCAUCUUUUCCCAAUUUACAAAAAUAGAUCUUGCAUACUCAAAGAUAAAACAACAUAUAUAUAUUCACUUUAUUACAGCAUUCCAGUAAGGGCACAAUGGACAAUAGUUUAUUACUUAUACAAUCGCACCAUAUUUCAGGUCAUUCAAUAUGAUUGACUAAAACACAAUUUCCUAAUACUCAAUAUGUUGGGUCGAAAGGGGUCUAAGACCUUGAUCAUAAAUGGUUAUCAGUAAAAUAGUCAAAAACCUCUGUAAACCACAAAAAUCCUGCUUGUAAUUAGAUGCGGCCAAUUAAAACAUAAUACUCGUAAAAUGACCCACUGAUAUGCAUAAACAUUCAGAAUAUCAUGUAAUGAUUAUAAAACCAACUUUUAAUUUAUGCAACAAAACAGAUGGCAUUGCAUACCAACAUUUUUUAAAGGGAAAUAACAGGUGCAAUCGAUAGUGACACGAAACUCACUGAUGUCCCAACUGCAGUUAUUCAUGUAAAAAUGCUUUCAUUGAAUGAAAAUGACAGAUGAUGGAUGACUUAUAUAAAAUCAAGACCACCAAAUACAAAGUAUAUACAUUUAGAUUUCUUUAUAAACAAACAGUAUCAUAACAUUUUCAGCUGAACAUGGGAAAAUAAAAAAAAAUAAUUACUGUAUUAAGUUAUUCGUAUAAUACUAAGUUUUCAUUUUGUUUUACAAAAUGGAACAUAUGAUGAUGAGUAAAUUUAAUAGAGAGCUAAUGGCAAUUGUUUCAGCAUAUGAAGUGCCUUUACAUGAAUUAUAUUUGUGAUUCCUUACAUAUAUGCCUUUAGUGUUAAUAGAUGGUACUUAAACUUAGCGAGACUGGUUACACCCGCCAUGCAGUCAUGACUGGCCAAUCAUAUUCUUGUUCAAAUUUGAAUGAAGUGGUUUGACCAAUCAGAUGAUUGCUGGGGGUGGGGCUUCCAUUAUGACAUCACAAAUGUAUAGAUAUAUAUUUUUGUUAUCUAAAAUUUCAUGUUGAAAUUAUUGUUUAUUUUACAAUACAAAGUGUACUGUAUGGUGUAUACAUCAUUUUCUUGCUAUUUAUAGAAUUGUAGUUAUACAAUCAAAACUUGUAUUGCAUUUCAUUUGAAAAACAUAAUCCAUUUCAUUUCAAUUCAGUUCAACUUUUAUUUCAAUCCAACAUCAUUUCUUAUUUUUCUAUCAAUCUGUAUGAAACUAAUUACAUGCCUUAUGCACAGCGACGUUUAUGUUUAUACAGAAGCACUAUAUAUAAAGAUUUAUAUUCAAACGGUUUUAAUUACAGUAAAAUAUUUGUGAAUUUUUGACUGAGAGAUUGUAUAUGUUUGUUUGAAAUAUUCCCAGUACUAUGACAUUUGAUAUGUAAACAUGUUUAUUCAGAGAGAAAAGAGAAUACUAGUCCGAAAUGUAAUAUGACUGAAAAGGUCAGGUAUUCAAAUAAUUAAUUUUCACAUACAGUAGUUUCUGGUUAUAGUUUUAGUUGUUUGAUAAUAUAUGUAUAGUUCAUUAACCCAUUUACUACUGGAACCAAGUGGCUCCUGUGCAAAGCCAAUAGGAUUUACAAGAUUCAGAAGACAAAGGGUUAAGUACGAAGUAGAUAACUUCGCUGCAUUUUGAACACCCAUCUUUUACCUGUUACAUGAUAUUGAUAUUGGUGAACAUCUCAACUUGUCAUGUAUAUUGACAUGUACAUAUAAUGCAUCAAGAGUUUUAUUUUCA